AUGUGCGGACCGUAUACAGGAGAAGCCGAGCACCACGGUAGCUAUCCACUAAACCACGUCGGCGUUUCCGUGCCUGACCUCGACAAGGCCGUCGAGUGGUAUAUCAAUGUCCUGGGCUUCCACGAGCUGCGCGCGCGCUCGUCAUCGGAUCGCGCUACCAACCCAGAAGGUGGCAUCUUCCAGAUUUAUCCCGAGUCGCUGCAAAAGGUCCGUAUGGCCUACCUCAGCGCGGGCAACGGUGUGGGAUUCGAACUGUUCGAGUUUUCUAGCCCGAAAAUGACAACCGAUGAGCAAGCCAACUUUGAAAAGAACUACGUCCGCGGCGGCUACUUCCACAUUGCUGUCACGACACCGGAGCUUGAGGCGACCCUGGAGAAGAUAGUUGCCUUUGGCGGUCGGCAGAUUGGCAAAAUUGUGCCUGUUUACGGCCACAAAGCCGCAUACGUCGCAGAUCCCUGGGGCAAUGUUGUCGAGCUCAUCACUGCUAGCUUCGAGCGCACCAUGGCAAAUCGGUAG